UGGCUGUAUUCCUGGCCAGCUAUUUGUUUUCCGUCAGUUUGAUUUGAGACAUCGAACGCGUGCUAUAUCGAAAUUGAAAGUUUUGUGUGUGAGUUACUGGGGCGAUCGGAACUGAAGUAACGUGAAUUCGGGAAUACAUUCUUUUUUUGUGACGAGAGGUUCGUUAUCAAAAUCUCUCAAAAUAAUUGAUGUUGAAUAUGGCAGCGUUUCGACUCUCAAUUCUGGCCCUUCUGGGUUUGGCUUUAAUCUCAGCACUUCCGGCGAGCCAUGCUAAUCCCAUCAGGAGAGCCGCGGAGGGGGUGACCGAAUUUAUAAUUUUACACAACAAUGACAUGCAUGCCCGUUUCGAACAGACCAGUGUGGAUAGCGGCAAGUGUACCAAGGAAAUGGCCAAUACCAAUAAAUGCUAUGGCGGAUUUGCCCGAGUGGCUUAUGAAGUACGCAAAUUCCGUGAAGAGGCCAAGAAUGGUGGACCUCCAGUCUUGUACUUGAAUGCCGGUGACACCUAUACCGGCACAGCCUGGUUCUAUGUCUUCAAGGAUAACAUUACAGCUGCCUUUUUGAAUAAACUGCAACCGGAUGCCAUUUCUCUGGGUAACCACGAAUUCGAUGAAGAUGUUGAGGGUUUGGUGCCAUUCUUGAACAAGGCAGAAUUCCCUGUGCUAACCGCCAACUUGGAUUUAUCCAAUCAACCCGAACUGAGGGCAGCUAAAAAUCUCCAAAACUCCACGAUCUUGGAUGUCAAUGGUGUCAAGGUGGGUGUCAUUGGUUAUUUGACACCAGAAACCCAGAAUCUGACCAAAGCCAAGGAUAUUCUAUUCAUUGAUGAAGUGGAAGCCAUUAACAAAGAAGCAGCUCGCCUAAAGUCGGAGGGUAUUAACAUCAUCAUUGCCCUGGGCCACUCGGGUUAUAUGAGAGAUCAGGAAAUUGCAGCCCAAUGUCCCGAUGUCGAUUUGGUCAUUGGUGGCCAUACCAAUACCUUCUUGUACAAUGGCGAACAACCCGAUGCUGAGCGCAUUGAUGGCCCCUAUCCCACUGUGGUCAAUCAGACAACGGGCAAACAGGUGCCAGUGGUCCAGGCCUAUGCCUAUACCAAAUAUUUGGGUAAACUACAUGUCCAGUUCGACAAGGAUGGCAAUCUGUUAGAGUUCGAUGGCACUCCCAUCCUCUUGAAUGCCGAGGUUCCACGCGAAGAUGAUGUGCUGCAGCUCUUGGAAACCUAUCGUCCUCAGGUGGAAGCCUUGGAAAAUGACAUUAUUGGCCAUACCAAGGUGCAUUUGGAGGGUCGCUCGGAAAUCUGCCGCUCUGAGGAAUGUAAUCUGGGAAAUCUUGUGGCCGACUCCAUGAUCCAUGCCCGAGUUUUGGAGGAUUUGGGUGGGGCCUAUUGGACUGAUGCUGCCAUUGCUUUGAUUCAGGGUGGAGGCAUUCGCAAUUCCAUUGAAAAACGUUCGGAUGGUUCCAUUCUAGCCGCCGAUGCUGUGGGUGUGUUGCCCUUCAACAAUGACUUGUAUGUUACGAAAAUUUCAGGCAAAACUCUGCUCGACGCCCUCGAGCAUUCAGCCAUCAUGCAUGAACGCGACUCCAGCGGUGGCUUCCUACAAAUGUCCGGUGUUCAUGUGACCUAUGACUAUAACCGGGACGCUGGCCAUCGUGUCGUCAGCGCCGAAGUACGUUGUGCUGCCUGCAAUGUGCCCACUUUCGAACCCUUGGACCAAACGAAACAGUACAAUGUCAUUGUACCUUUCUUUCUGCUGGACGGUGGUGACGGUCACACGCUCGUCGAAAAAGGUGGUCCCGAACCCAUGCGCAUGACCAAAAAAGAUUCCGAAGCUCUGAUGGACUAUUUGAGACGUCAUGAUUUCGUCUAUCCCCAGGUGGAGGAACGCAUUACCAUCAUUGCCAAGGAAGAGGAGGAUAAUGGCAAUGGUAAUGGCAACGGCAAUGGCAACGGCAAUGGCGAUGGUGGUGGAGAUGGUGCUUUUGCUGUUGUCAGUUCGGGAUUAUUGAUUGUGUGCUCAUUGCUGUCCCUGAGAUUGUUCAAUUAAAGCGAGAGAGAGAGAGCGAGAGAUGCAGAGAGUGUGUGUUUGUGAGAGAACUGAGCUGAGCUGUAUUAGAAUAGCCAAAGAAAAGAAAAAACUCAGGAAAAUUUCAGUUGUAUUGUUUUAAUUUGAGCUCAAGUUUUAUUUAAAAAAAAAAAAGAUUGAAUGUGAAAUAAAAAGUUUCUAAAACAUUUUAUUUAAAAAAGA